AUGGAAAAAAGUUGUAAGUAAUAAGUCAAUCAUUGAAUUAAAUUGAUGUUAUUCAGUAUUCUGACGCUGAUUUAAACCCAUAUCCUCCGCCUAGCUGCAUGCACGCUUGUGAGGUACUUAAAGGAAUAUUCCAGCGUAAAAUUAUUUUACGGUCAAACACACUGUAACACAGAGGUAGACACCCCCUCAGGAGAUGAAUGUUGCCGACCGCUUGCUUCUCCAGUUAUACCAACUUAAGUAACGACCGCACAAUAGCAAUACACAGUGGUUUGAGGAGCCUUAAACAAACCUCAAUGAAAAAGCCACUCUAUAGACACAAAUAAUGCUCAGAACAGCACCUAACUUCAUCAACAGUACAUAUAGGGUCCUAGCCAUAGCACUAGCCACCAAACAUCUUUUUAUCUUUGCCUAAUUUCUUCAACAAAGAGACUAAACACAACUCACCUACUCUCUUCCAGCAGCCGCUUCUUUGUAGCGAGACCAUGGGCCAAUCCAUUAUGAACUACGGUGGGUUGCCGCAGCUUAAGGAAUAACAUUUAUGAUCAUUUCUCAAAGGAAAUGCAAUCAGACUGAGACGCAUAGGCAGAAGAGCUACCGCGUCUGCAGUGCAAAAUGAUUAAUGUGAUGAUUAUUACUUCAAGGACAUGAUAAAAAAAAUGAUAUGAAAUCAAUUUUACGCCGGAAUAUCCCUUUAAAACGCUUGACUUAAGCCGUUUGAUGUGUUUUGUGAGCAACGAGGCGCACCUGAACGCACCACAGUAGGUUUCGAGCUGAUGAUGUCAGUUCACGGGCUGUAGGAGUUUCUGUAUCUCCAUGUGUGCCGACACAGAGUAGGCUUACUGCUGGCCGUCAGCGGGCAGGCAGAGGAGGAGAAGAGGGGAGGGAAAGUGUGUUUACACAGACGGCAAACUGCCUGGGGAAUCGUAGGGGAGAGGAAGUCAGCCGGCUCUGUGUCUGCCUGCUCCAACUUCCUGCUCAGAAAAAGAAAAAGCCCAGGAUCCUAUUUCAGAGCAGCACAACUGUGUCGAGAAGCAGUAAGCAUGGAAAAACAAGGAAUCCCACAAGCUUCACCGUAAAGUUUCGAGGAGGGAGAAUACCGAGGCAGACAUCGCAGGUAAAAGAAAUGACAUCUUUCUAUGAAGGGCGCUUUGUUGGCUUGUUCAGACUGAAGCAGCAGCGCAUGUUUGAGAGUUAUUAGCGACACUUUCUUCACUUUCAACAUGAUUUCUCUAUGCGGUAGAGUUCUUGAUUUGUGGUCAACUCUGCCCAGUCGAGUGAAUUUGAAAGUUCAAAGUCAAAUUUGUUACAGAUUUAGACAGGAUUGUGCCGUCUUCCGGUCGGAGCAACAUCUUGAAAAUGAGUCAGUGAGCAGAAAAGUGAUCCAGACCUCUGUGUGUGUUAACACUGAAGACACUUUUUGAGUCCCGGAUACAAGUGUAGCCUCCCCAACAAACAAAAGAAGUGAGAGAAAUGUAAGAGGAGCUUCAGAGUUUACGGAGAUGCUUUUCUUCUGGGCCCAUGUUGAAUUUUCCACCGUCUGCGAACAGGAAGAGAGCAGAUUUAGUCAUGGCUAAGUAAUGUCUGCACACACACUCCAUCUAAUCUCAUUAGGAGUUUCCGUCCAGCCAACACACUGGAUGGCUUUGUGAGCACGGAGAGACUUCUCUGACCGAGCAUCCACAGCAGGGGCUCCUGAUCCCGGACCAAAACCACCACAAUGUCCUGGGAUGUUCCUGGAUGGAGGUGUUACCUUACCUGUUUUACUCAAGAUGGACUUCAUCUCUGUGUGUGUGACAGAUCCAUAACUGCUGCAUUCAUAAAAUCAACAAGUAGUGAGGUUAUUAUCAUGUUAUUAUGUUUUGUUACAAAAUUAUUGGGAGUCCACUUUGUAAACAUGAGUGAAACAUUAAACACAUGAAGCUUUACUUUUUGCUUCAAAGUAGGGCUGGACGAUAAAACGAUAAUAAUGUAUAUCGAAAAUUAAUUUCCCUCAAAAUCAAUAUAAAACAUGGUCAAUAUGCUUUUCAGUAGUCGGCAUUCUGCCAUGUUUUGGUAGACUAUACGAAUAGUCAAUGAAAGGGGAGUUGCUCUGGGUUCGCUUCAUGUGCUGAAUUAGAAGUAGCAAACAACUGUGUAAGUAAGUAAAAUUUAUUUAGUAUAGCACCUUUCAUAGAAAAGAUUCACAAAGUGCUUCACAGUAAAAAUUCAAAAUACAAUCAUAAACAUCAAGUAAAAUCAAAGAACAAUAAAAAAAACAAUGGCAUAAAUAGAGCAUUAGUUAAAACCAGGGGAGGUAAAGGCCUGUUUAAAAGCUUUUUAAAAGCGACUAUGGAAACAGCUGAAUGGAUAUCAGCAGGUAAAUUGUUCCACAGUGUUGGAGCCACCACUUCAAAAGCGUGGUCACCUCUUGUUUUUCAACAAGUAGCAUAGUAGCAGGCAGCAGCUACAUGCAACCAUAGCAUUUUAACAUGUGAAGGCGACAGCACUGUCAGUGAGAAAAAAAGAAAAUGAGUGCUACCCCCGGCAGAAAUGCAGAUGAAGUCUCAACAGAUGAUGACAUCGUUGUCAACAGUGGCAAGAAAACGUUGGUGGUGUGGAGGUAUUUUGGUUUUCUUGAGGUCAGACAUGAAGCAGAGUAAAGUGCACAGCAAACUAUGUCGAGUACAUGUUCUUGCAAAGUCGGGGAAAACCUCAAAUCUUUUUUACCACCUUAUCUGAAGCAGUGGCAGCAGCGGCAGAGCAUGUGCAAUGCAAAAAGUUACAAACCCCAAGUGGAGCAAGGAGCCCAUGGCGCCUGUGCAGCCAAAACAGCCGACCAUUCAGUCCAUUUUCUCUACCACAACGCCUCACAGAGACCUCACAGAUGCAGUAGCUUAUUGUAUUGCAAAAGACAUGCUACCAAAAAGCACUGUUAAAUUUAAUUUUGUAUACCGUGAUGUAUAUCGGUAUUGACUGAUAUGAAAAAUAGUAAUCAUGAUAAACUUUUUCCCAUGUCGCCCAGCCCUACUUCAAAGUGUUCCAAACGCAAACUAAAGUCAGGGUUCAGAGCAGGUUACAGGGUGGCGCUGUGAAAAAGGGGGACAAUGAGCUGAUCUUGUGACCCCCCCCUCUCUCUUUGGGAUCCUGAUGGGAAGUAUGGCAGGACUGGGGAAAUGCUCCCCUGCUGUGGGAUCCCCUCUCCUCUCCAUUUGUCCUUGGAAGUAGAAUAGGAGGAAGUCCUGACUUUGACAGGUUUGUAGUUUCACAUGGCAGAUAGAAAACUCAGGGGAGAGCGAGUGUCGGAAAUGAGUGCAGCCCUUCUCCUAUCUCUCCUCCCUGGAUAGAGAUAUGUGGUGGAUAAAAGGCCAGUUUGUUAUCUUUUUUAUUUUAACGUUGGGCACUAAUUACUCCUAUUAUUCAGCAAUAACAUUACACAAUCUGAUCUGUUUGUAUGUUGGCUUGUCUGCGGAAACCGUGCCUAGUUGUGUCUCACUUACAGGAACAAAUAAAUGUUUCUUGGUGGCAUACUUUACUUCCUAGUUUCAAAACAAGCAGCUGAUGAUAGACUCAUGCCAAAAACUGGCAAAACUAAAACAGUUCACAUCCGUAAACAGAAAUAUUUACUACUUUAAUUUAUUUCAGACCUUUUGAGAUAUUUUAAUCUUUUUUGUUUGUGAAAAUUCAGCCUACUAAACUCAGCAUAAGUUGAGUUUAUGCAUGAGUUUAAGACUUCUAGAAAUCUCUAAGGCUGCAACCAAUUGUUAUUUAUGAUGGAUUUUUUUUUUGUUAACACUAUUUGUAAGGAAUUUGGAAAGAAAAUAUGGAUGCUGAAGUUUUUAUUUUUAACCCUUCGUAUUACUUGUUCAGUGCACUCAAUACUGAAGUAAUGAGAAAACUCACAGUGAUUUUCUUGCCUGUGAUUCCACUGAUCGAUUGCUCCCCUGAACACUACCCCCACACACACACUUACACACUCUGGAUCUGUGAGCUCCUCUGAGGCAGACAGGAGCUCAGAGGCUGCACAUUCCUCUAUUAAAGGAAUAACCCACCCUGGGCCCGUCAUACUUCCUGUGGAGAGAGGGCCAGGUUGGACCGCAGCAUAUUUCUGGCUUGAGCUGUUGUUCCUCCUUAUAUAUAUAUUUUUUUACUCUGCUUCUGCUGCUACAUUACACUUCGCUCUUUAACACUGUUCUAUUCAUCAGGAGUCUACUCUUCCUUACACCACAUGUUUCAGCUCAAACUGGCUGUCCCCUCCUCACACUUUAAACCAGUUCUUUGAGAGGCAGGUUCGAGACAGAAAACAAGCAGAAAAAGGUAAAAUUCAGGGAGUGAAAUCUGCUCGCUCAGAAGCAAAGGGCUUGUGUCUCCCCCUGAGGAUGCUUUAUUCUGUCGUUGUAGUAUCUUAUGUGCCAAAGUCAAGGUGUUUUCUCUGUCAGCUGAUGUCUCUGAGUGGGUUGGUUCCACUUUUGUCUCAUAGAGAAAAAAAAAGCCACAAGAUGAAAAGACGAUCGCAGACAUCAUCAUAUGACAUCUUUAAAAAUAACCAUCAUGAAACUUUGGCGUCACUUUUAAACAGUCAUGUGUUUUGUCCUCUCCUCUCCUCUCUCUCUCUCUGCAGGUAUGGACAGUGCCAUCACUCUGUGGCAGUUCCUGCUGCAGCUGCUGCUGGACCAAAGUCACAAACACCUGAUCUGCUGGACAUCUACAGACGGAGAGUUCAAGCUGCUGAAGUCAGAGGAAGUGGCAAAGCUGUGGGGGCUGCGCAAGAACAAGACCAACAUGAACUACGACAAGCUGAGCAGAGCGCUGCGCUACUACUACGACAAGGUGAGGGUUAGCGUGCCGAGCGCUCCAACCACUCGUUCUUGUCCUCUUUAAUGAGAUAGACACUUCCACUUCCUCUAUCUGAUCAAGCACGCAGUACAGAUCUGACAUGAUGUUGGACUCUGAAGCAGACUUUGGUGAUUGUCCCUGGGUGUGGGGAUCCACUUUGACCCACUUCCUUCUGAUAUUUUUAAAUCUGUUAUCAAUAUCAUGUAUAUAUCUGUCCCUUAUCUAUACAUGUUCUCCAGUAGAAAUGAAAAUAUAAUUAGGAGACCAUUUGGACAUAAUAUCCAAGUAUGUCGUGAACCAUUUUCCUAAAAACUCUUCCACUCUGUUGCAGAACAUCAUCAAGAAGGUGAUCGGCCAGAAGUUUGUCUACAAGUUUGUGUCCGUCCCUGAGAUCCUGAAGAUGGAUCCACAGGCGGUGGAGAUGGGUCUGGCUUCUGGAAGGUUUCCCCUGCAGGAAGGAGAGGCCUCUGAGCUGGAGGUGGAGGAGGAGGAGGAAGAGGAAGGGGAGGAGGAGGCCCAGAGAAGGACUCUUGCAGCCCUGGGGGCGCAGCAGUGUCGGAACGACUACCUCCGCUCGGGUCUCUACUCCUCCUUCAGCAUCAGCUCCCUGCAGAACCAGCCCGAGCUGCUCCGCGCCCUACGAGAGCGCCAGGAGGAGCCGCGCUCCGUCAUCCGCUUUGGCACCAACGCCAACGAGAGGAGCCCCCCUCCCUCUUCAAAACCCGAGUCCUACGUUUCCCCUCGGCUGUCCAAACUCCACUCCCCAUCCUCUCCUCACACCAAACCAUUCCAGUCCACAGGAAGCUGGAGCCCUGCAGCAGCCAAAGAGGAGGAAGAGGAGGACUCUGACCAGAGCGCUCAGCCCCUCAACCUCUCCUCUGGGCACAGGGAGCGAGCCCUGCAGCCUCCUGAAAAAAGGAGCAGUAGCAGUGUCAGAAGUAGCUCCACUAGUAGUAGUAGUAACCACGGAGAUGGACUCCCACCAAAAAGCAAAAAGCCCAAAGCUCUGGAGAUCUCAGCUCCAUCCCUGCUGCUGGCAGGGAGCGACAUCGGCUCCAUCGCCCUCAACAGUCCCGCUCUGCCGUCUGGCUCCCUAACACCCGCCUUCUUCACUGCACAGGUGAUUCAAGUGAACUUACAGUAAAAAAACAGUCUUUCUUUUUGAGCAGCACAUGCCCGAUGAAAGAGUUUUGUGAGUAGAGUGUUCAUGUUUAAAGGCUUUGUUGUUCAUAGACUGUAAAUAAUGACUGCAGCUCUUUGGGGGACUUGUGGCCCAGUUAAGUAGUUUCUCAGCACUCCUCAAACCUAAGUUAGACUGACAUUGAAAUUUCUCCAAAACCUGCUUUGUCUCUCUCUAGUUGAGACAUGUCUACACAGCCCAAAGAUCCCCUUUAACACAUUUUACACUUCUGUUUCUGUUUCUCUCCAUACUUUGAGGUGGACGAUGAGAGACCCUGUCCUUUUCUUGAAUUAAGGAGCUUGACACCAACAGAUCUGAGAGGGUUGAACAACAGUUUUUUGAUACUGUCUGUUUCAAUGCCCUCUGUUAGAUGACCUGUCUAGUCCACUGGGAGAUGAUGGGAUUGAAUCAGUCUGGUGCCGGUGUCCUUAAAGAGACACCUGACACAGUCUGGCAUGAGCUGCUGGAAACACAGCAGCUUUAUUUAUUUAGGUAGAAGUCGAAGACUAAAUGAACUCAAGAAGAAUACUAUAAAAAUGUACAUUUUUAUAUUUUCCAGGUUAAAUAUUCACUAGCCCUGUCAUACGGGAAUUAUGACAUUUUUUAACAUCUGCAAAUUUCGGUUCAUUCCCACCAAACAUCGGACGUCGAAGAGACUUGCAGAUCAAGUCAGUAUUGGGUCGGUCCAUCAAAGACCACAUCUAGACAUCAGUGCGACGUGCAAAAUAGGUUAGGAGUUUCGACGUCCGAAUUGGACCUUUUUUAGACGUCGCUCUGACGUUCAGAAUUUGGACGUCAUCAGAAGACAUGCAACGUGCAAAACGGAUCCAAGAUAUAGACGUCAUUAUUGGACUUCUUUUAGACGUUGAAAUGACAUCCACAGUUGUACCUCAUCGUCGAAAAAAUACAUUAAAUAGAUGUCAUUUCGAUGUCAUAUUGCGCAGUGGGUAAGUCUUUGUGUCUGAUAUAAGUUUUAACUUUGUAAAUUACUCAUUGAGGUCUGUGAGGUAGAGACUCAAACUUCUGCUAAUACUUGGUGUAAAUUAAAGGCUUAGUCGAGGGUUUUCCAUGCAAAAAUAGAAAUAAGAGGAUAAAAGAGCUUUUGUAUUAAAAAUUAGCUCAUGUAAGGUCUAAAUAUUUAGUAGCAACCUGUAUAUGACCCGACGUCUGGAUGACUAUUUUUUCAGUCUAAUUCAUCCAGUCAUGACGUUCAGCUUUGUUUUCAUCUUUGCUCCAAGAAUCAACAGGUAUAAAAUAAUCGAUUUCAUGUGAGUUUUAACAGAGGAAAAUGACUCUGCCACAUCAGAGUCCUCUCCACACAUUGAUGAAGGUGUAACUCCAAACACUCACACUGCCUGUUUGUGAGUGUGCAGCCAGAGAGAUCAGAGGAAAACAAGCGAUUUACAGAAAUCUUCUGCAAGUCCAGCCUAUGAGAGGGAGGGAAGAGCCCCUAAGUGAUGCCAUAUGCUCCAAUAAUUCCAUUAAUAAUGGGAGUGAGGCCGGGUCCCUCCGCAACACUGGCUCACUUCUCUGAGGUGACACUGGGGGAAGUAAGGGGGGAGGGUAGAGGGAGAGAAGACCAGGAGAAAGAGGCAGAAAUUGAUUUCAUAUGUUGUUUUUCCUCAACUGCCCCCCAAUCAACAGCAUCCCCCACUGUCCACCUCCCGCUCCCCUCCACACGUCACCCCUGUAUUCUCGGGGAGAAACCACAGACUUCCUUCCUGCUCCGUCAGUUUGUUUUUCCAAACGCCAAUACACGUUCAUUUACCAUUUCAGCAUGUUUCGCAUUACCCAAACCCUCACAGCAGCGCUUUCUAACCAGUGUUUUUCCUCUCAAAAAAUGUUGCCUUCACUGUUUUUUCUCUUAUUUACACGAAAUCUCCCCCACUCUGUGUUUUUUUUUUUUUUCCCUCUCACAGACUCCCUCCGGUCUGCUGCUGGCUCACAGUCCGCUGUUGUCAGGGAUCCACUUCUGGAGCAGCCUGAGUCCUGUGGCUCCGCUCAGCCCCGCCCGGCUGCAGGGCCACGGCUCCCUCUUCCAGGUGAGGAACACAAACACAGGUGUAGAUGAGUAAGGGGAAUGAAAACCAGGCCAGACGUCAGCGGUACACGCAAACACAGGGUGUGCUUAAAGGAUUGUUUACUUCUGAAGUUUAAGAGCGGAGGAGGAAGCUGUGAAGAUGUGCAGGUGGAUUUAGAGCUGCUGCAAAAUUCCCGCUCUCUCCAGCAAUUAUUGUAAGAUUAAAGAAGCCAGAUUAACCAGUUAGUAAAAGCCAACAAAAGGUUAGUUUUUUGUUUAUCUUAUCAUUAAAUCCACACUUGAAACCACCUGCAGUCUUGAUUGUGCAGAUUUCACGAUCACAUGCAGGUUUUUACUUGACGGAAAUUUAAUUUAAAAUGCAAAAAACCCAAGAUGUUUUUAGUCUGAGAAGACGACAGCACAGGUUGUGAAACUGGUUGAGACUUAGUAAGCAGAGGUGUCCUGUUUCAGCGCUUGUGAGAGGGAGAGGAAAUCCUGUGAAUACUUCCUGUUUGAGCCCAGGGGAGCCGGUCUGAACAGGGUGGACUGGUUUGAGAGCUGCUCCUCAUUUGUGAAACACACACACGCACACACGCACUCAUGCACACACCACACCCCCCACCAAACCGGAUUCUUUGUGCACAAACACAGUUGACUUCUCCUUCUGUGGUGGAGGUACAGGGGACAGAGACGAAUAGGAAGAAGUACAAUGAAAAAAAAAAAACAGGAAACCAGAGCAGUGACAAUGCUGUAGUUCCUCAGCGGAAAGCAGCUUUUAGUCCCCUCCUUGUUAACUCUCAGCCCCUCUCUCUCCCUCCACAGUUCCCCAGCCUAAUCAACGGACACAUGCCCGUCCUGCCAAGCCUGGAAGGAACACCCUCCUCUCUUCUCCUGUCCCCAACCACCCACAAAUCCUGA